AUGCCCGUGCCCCUGCCCCCCGCGCUGCUGCUGCUGGCCACCACGCUGACCUUCCGGGCCGCGCUGCUGCUGCUGAGCCGCCUGCCGCUGCCCGCCCACGUGCGGGGCGACCCCCUGCGCACCUGGCGCUGGCACAACCUGCUCGUCUCCCUGGCGCACUCCAUCGUGUCCGGCCUCUGGGCUCUGCUCUGCGUCUGGCAGACCCCGGAGAUGCUGGUGGAACUUGAGACCGCCUCGUCCGUCUCUGGCUAUUUGCUCGUCUGCCUCUCUACGGGCUAUUUCAUCCAUGACACAGUGGACAUCGUGGCGAGCAAGCAGGCCCAGGCGUCUUGGGAAUAUUUGGUCCACCAUGUCUUGGCCAUCGCUGCCUUUGCCUCGGGCAUCUUUAAGGGCACCUUCGUGGCAGGUGGGGUUAUGACACUGUUUGUUGAAGUCAGCAACAUCUUCCUCACCAUGAGAAUGAUGAUGAAGCUCAGUAACAACCAGGACUGUCUUUUCUACUGGGUCAACAAGUAUAUCAACUUGGUCAUGUACUUCCUCUUUCGUCUGGCCCCCCAGGCCUACCUCACCAGCUUUUUCCUUCGCUACCUGGGGGAGAGGACAGAGGGUGCCUUUCUGCUCAGCAUCCUGUUGAUGGUGGAUCUGAUGAUUCUCAUCUACUUCUCCCGCCUCCUUCGCUCAGACUUCUGCCCAGAGAGAGUGUCCCUUCGGCAUAAGAAAGACAAGUUUCUGACCGAAUAGAUCCGCUUUGUGCUUUGAUAACUUUGGGGACUUAAUUUAUCCACGUGGCCCAGUACCUCUCCUGGUACAGGCAGCUAUUUCUCUACCAACAUCGAUGUACUAUCGAAGACACUAAAAAAAAAAAGCCAAAAAACCCCAAAGCACACUAAUUUGGAAAUCCUUUCUGUGGUCAAGGGAAGCCAGCUCCUUUGGGUAUGGCAGCUUGGGAAAGACUCUUGGUAAAGCCAGAUGGAAGGAAAGGUCUAUCUGGAACAAGGAUCAUGUAAAAUGCUCUAUAACCCACAUAGGCUAAUUUUGUUUUGAACAGUCAAAACUCCCCCUAACACCACACCAGGAACACAGAUUUUACUACCCUGUUACUACCAACUUAAUGCCAAGCACUUGUUUGGAAGCUAGAGGUCAGCAGUCAUACUUUCUUCCUUGGAAACAUAAAGGAACAGUUAACCUCUCA